AGCUGUGAUUUAGAGGAAAGUCGUGGUGUAAUCACGGCAAACAGGAAAAUGAAAGUGGCAGAAACUCUUCAACAAAAGGCAGCGAUUUGUUGAAGUGGGUCCUUUUCCAAGAAAAGCUUUAUCAGGCUCACAGCUCUUUUCAGCGAGACAUAACUGAAGACACAAUCUGCUCAGGAGAACGUCAGAUCCAACCUGAAUGAGGACUGGCAAACAACAGCAUUGCUGCUAGACAUGUUCGCCUUCCUCCUUGGUGCGUUCAGCUGUGUCUGCGUUCUUCAUCAUGGUCUUAGUGCUGAAGAAUGCACACAGCGUGUUCUUGCAAGACGCGACACGUUGUCGGUGCCUGCAGGGGACACGGUGUCUCUGUCCUGCGUGAUCCACCACUGCGAAGGCCCCUGGAGAGGCAACUGGACAUGGGAGAAGUCAGCAGACUCCAUGAGCAGCGUUGUUGAAGAGAGCUCCAGGCACCGCUUCGCCACGGUGAAACUCACAGCCAGCGAGACCAAGUUAACGUUGAACAUUCUGAACGCCAACACAUCCGAUGAAGGCUCCUACAGAUGCAGUGUGAACUGGGUCGGUGGUGGUAUCGAAAUGGGACACUGGACCAAAGUUAACAUCACAGAAGCUUCAUCUCACCGGAGAAGUGACUUGCACAGGGUUUUGGUCUGUUGUGGCGCUCUCCUUUGUCUCCCCAUCAUUUUGGGAUUGGCUCGCUGUCUGAGUCCCAAAGCCCAGAAGUCCGGCCUGCCGUACUCCAGGAUACGGGUCACUUAUGCCGUCCCGCAGCCUCCACCUCGCCGCCCCAUUCCACAAAAGCGCAAGACUGUCCCCCCAAAAGAUUCCUCCAGCUGUGAGCAGAAGGCUGAGUUGGUGUAUGCAGACAUCUCCCAGGAUGCACCGCUGCAACAAGGAGCCACGCGGGACCCUGGUCAGUCCACCAUCUACUCAGACGUCAGGUUUUCCUGACUGACAAGAAGAAGAUGAUCAAGUAGGACCAACUUUCUGUGGGACUCGAUUAAAGGCGCCUCAGGACACACUCUGAUACUUUUUGACUCCUAAAAUGACUUUUUUUCUUUUGGAAAGUGUGGAAGGAAAAAAAAAGCCAACAACAUCCACAAGUGACACAAAAUACAACAUUUUAUUUUAGAAUAAAUUCUCAAUUACACAUUACAUAACGAAAUAUACAUAUACAUGUUUAGACAUCUCUUAAAUUAAUAGAUUUCUCUUUAAUUAUCUUACUUUAAUUAAUUAGCGUACUCUGCAGUGACAGUUUUACAUUACAUCAAUGCAAAAGAACUUUCUUUUCAAAAAUAAUAAAUUAAGCAUAUCAACAGAGAAAAGGCUGCAGGGUGGUUUGAGCGAUACCUUUCACAACACUCAACGACAUCUGGAUGUCCUGCUUCUGGCCAGAGGAUUUCUUACUAAAGGUACUCACUGGUCUUGGCCGUCUGAGGCUCUUGAGCAUCAUUCAACACUUUUUUUUCCCUAGUUCACGUGUGCCUUCCUUGAGAAGAGCUUCCUGGAAAGUUUUAAUAUCAACGUAACUCCUUCCCUCCUAAAGGGAGUUUUUCCUUGCCACUGUUUGGCUUAAGGCUUUUCUCCCACUUGGGGAGUUUUUACCUGUCAUUGUUUAUGUAAUAAUUGCUCAGGGGUUUAUGUUCUGGGUCUCUGACUGGUACAACUUCUGUUGUAAUAGACGCUACAUGAAUAAAAUUGAAUUGGAUUGAAUUGAAUUUAACUACAGGAGCUUUUCAUAAUUUGAGAGAACAGAACAUUUACUUCUUGACGCACUAUCAGGACAGUCACUAAUCCAGAAAGGGACAAUCCCACUGCAAAACUACCAGCGUGGUUGUUUUGGUCAGACCACAAACACAUCUGUGCAGAGCCGCCUGGGAGAUUUGCGAGGCCCUGUGCGGAAUGGCCAGGGGGGCCC